AGCGCAAUAAAGGCGGAAAGUAACACGGUUCCAUUGGGAAGUAACGCAAUGAAGACUAAAGGUAACACAAUACAAGUAGCGAAUAAUAUAAUACCUACUGCUAGCGAGGCAGCAAACGAGAAAGCGAAAGCUGCAAAACUCGCGGAAGACCUAGGGAAAGAAAGACGCCAACGCUCGGAUGCCAUGAUGUACAAAAAGCGUUUGAAGUCCCUGGAAAUCGCCUUAUCGCAAGAUUUCUUCAACACCUGGAUGUACCAUUACAAGUCGUUUGAAGACAUGAGCAUCAAACCAGACAAGCUCCGCACAGGUAUCUCCACACUCGGCGCCUCCGACAGACUGAGCAGGGUCAUCCUCAAGGCGUUACGUGGCAGCACCGUCAAUAUUAUGGUGGUAGGGGGCUCCAUCUCGGCUGGAGGGGGUCUAGAGAGGGACCGUCACAAUGUGCAAGGGAUCUACUACAAGGCGUUCAUGGACUGGUGGGGCACUACGGUGACUCCAAUCACUAACUCACAAAUUAACAUCAACGUGAUCGCCAUCGGUGGAACAGACUCCGAGUAUUUCUCUUACUGCAUUAGGAAUUACAUCCACGAGAAUCCAGACUUGAUAUUAUGGGAGCUCGCGGCAAAUGACUAUCACCGGUACACGGAUAGAAAUAUGGACCCCGCCACGCCCUUAGAGCAGCUCACCAGGGUCCUACUCAGCCUCACAUCCUCCCCCGCGCUCAUCUUUGUCAAUUUCUUCCGAGGGGACUAUUACCGGACAACUCAGGGACAGGACUGUCCGGACUCGGAAGACGAAGGAGGAAAGGUAAUUGCUGAGUAUUACAAGAUUACUUCUCUAAGCUGGAGAAAUGUGAUUUGUUCGGAGAUGCGGCAGCAGCGAAAGCGAGCGAUGCCUGAACUGACCCUUAAGACUCUCUUCAGCUCGGAUGGCUACCAUCCUUCUCUUCUCGGGCAUGCCCAGACUGCCACUUUGUUGAUUUCGUACAUCCGGGGAGUUUUUGAAGAGGUUGUGUCACAGGAAAUGAAAAGGGUGGACUCAGGGGGGUUUGUCAAUGAUGGCAUGCAGCAGACGAUCAGCAAUAGCCUGCCAAACCCCAUCUACAACGACCCAAAGACGCCCAAGCCGCUAUGCUGGACCUUGCUCACCCCAGACUAUCACUUCAAGGUCGACAACGAGCUGCCAGGUUUGCGGAUCACCGAGGCGAGGGGAUUCGAGUUUGUUAAUGUUACACGCUGGCCAAUCCGGUUAGAUCGACUGAGAUGCCUGAAGGCCAUUCAACCGGAUGCAAGAUUGCAGAUAAAGUUAAACGUUCCGAAAAGAGAAGAUGUCGAUGGACCACUCAAUAGGGAGCUAUCGGCGAUAACUCAUAACAGUUACGUGGGCGUGGCUAGGGUGUGGCUGGACAAUAGACAAUGGGAUAGUCAAGUUAUCACGGAGCCCAAGGGUCAGCGGAGGACACAGACGCACGUGAUCUCUUCGAGCGUGAAGCCUGGGGUUCACCUGAUUACAUUUCAAAGUGUAGGGACUGGCUUCUGUUUAUCUGCACUAGCGGUGAUCUAGCGUUUUAUUCCUUUAAUCCUAUUGUAUUUCAAACGAAAUUGUAUUUAGAGGAACCAUGGAUGUAUAUAAGCGUACAACUUUGCCCAAUGAUACUGGUGCUGAGGGCACAACAGACGAUUAAAAUCCCCCCCCCCCCCCCCCCGCUUCCGCAUUAUCACCCACUGCCAGAGGAGCUAUUGCGUCCCCACUGGUUUUCAAAGUCCCUUUGGUUCAGGGUAGUAUAGCAUUAGGACCUCAUGGCCUUAAAUAUUUACGACAGCUGUGUGUCUACACGACAGCGCACAUGCAAGAUUACUCUGGCUGCUUUUACGGACCAGGCAAGUAAUUAUGGGCUCAUCCCUUUUAACGUGUGAUGUAAACUUCUAAAAAAGACAUUGUAAAAAAGCUUCGAUUACGUAAGAUAUUGGACCAAAUACGAUGUUAUGAUAAAUCAGGCCCACCCCCAAGGGUGAUGUUUUUUAAAGCCUUUAACGUGGAAUGAGCCUUUGUGCCACAGGGGAGGGGAGGGUGGGUGCAAAUUAGAGAAAGUGACAUAUCGCAAAGGAUAGUGAAGUUACUAAUUGCCAAGAUUGGCCUCUUUGACCAAAGAAGAUAUGGACAGUUGGGUGAUUGAUACCAAAAUAUCAAAGAGCUCUAGUCGGCCACACCUUUGUUAUUGUCUAUAUUCACCUUUGAUAAAUUUUUAAAAUAAAAAAAAAUAAAUUAAAUUUUUAAACUAAUUUAAAAACAAAGUUUCGUAUACUCUAUUUACAAAAUCAGAAAACCUCCCAAUAGCUUCCCUAAAUGAGCAGAUUGAAAUUGGGGUUUUACGACGGCUGAGAGAGGCUCUUUAAUAAACAAUAAAAGCUAACAAAGAAUUACAAUAAAAAA